AUGAACCUGCGGUCUGUGUUCACACUGGAGCAGCAGUGAGUCCUGGAUAGCUACUAUGACAAUGGGAUGACCAAUCAGAGCAAGAGCUGCUUCCAGCUGAUCCUUCAGUGUUCUCAGGAGACCAAACUGGACUUCAGUGUGGUGCGGACCUGGGUGGGCAACAAGAGGCGGAAGCUGGCCUCCAGGGCCGACCAGAACACAGGCAUGUCCCACUCCUUUUCCUUCUCCAAUCACAGCCUGGCUGGUGGAGCUCUGUCUAACCACAUGCUAACGGGCGGGGCUCUAGUGGUGGGCGCAAUGCUGACAGGGGAGAUGGCGGCAGCUCAGAAUAUCCAGAGAGGAUCCUCCCACCUCCCUCCAUCCUCCUCCUUCCCCUCUGCCUCCUCUUCCGCUUCCUCUCCUCUCAGCUCUGUCAACAACAACAACGAUGUCAUCCUGACAGGGAUUUACUCUCUAGGCUCCACUUCUCGUUCCCAGCCCACUGUUAAGCCCCUCUCCUGUCACUCUGACCCUGAGCUCCCUGCACAUGUCCAUCAAACUCUGCUCAACCAAUCACAGCACAGGAGGAAUAGUUCUGUCUCCUCCCCCCUCCAGCUCCACUCUAGAUUGGGUACCAUGUCACUUCCUCGCUGUAAACCCCUCUCCCUCUCCUCUUCCCCCUCCUUCUCCUCAUCCCCCAGCCGCCCCAUCCACAAUCUGUCCAAGAGGUGUGGUUUCACCACUGGUGGGGCAGGCAGGCAAGAGAGACACAGACAGUCUACCCGCCCCUUGGAUGCUAUUGGCUGCCUCUCAAUUGCCAUGGAGACGGGUGAUGAAGAGGAUGAGUGGCGGAGGGAGGAAGUGUUAUCCAACAUGGCUGCCACGACCCACGGGGACCUCCAGAGAGGCCAGGGGCUGAGGGACAGCCUCAGCCCCAGCAGCAAACGGGGACAGCUCCAGGCCUGGUCAUAUCCUCGGGACAGCUACCCUGUUACUACAAAACUACAGGCCUCCCCUAGUAUACAGGUUCCAGUCAGUCCCUCUGCUCCGUGGCUCAUCAGUAACUCCAGGAAGAGAACUCUACAGGACAGGACCCAGUUCAGUGAUGUGGACCUGGGCCAGUUGAAGCGGUACUGGGACCGAGGGAUGACCAGUCUGGGUUCUGUCUGCAGAGAGAAGAUCAACGCAGCAGCCAAUCAGCUCAACGUAGACACUGAGAUAGUCAAGACGUGGAUUGGGAACCACCGUCUGAUGGGCAUAAAGAUCCCGCCCCCUAAAGGUGGGCCGGCCUUGUUCCUGACAUCACAGGAAGGGGAGAAGUCUCCCUCUGCACUGAGUUCUGAUGGGGAGGGGCUUAGAACGCCCGAGCUGGGAGACAACCUAAACGAUGGAGCGUCCUUCUGUCUGUCCGAGGAUGGGACCAGUCAGUCGUACCAGAGAGAAGAAGAGAACGGAGUAGAGAAGGAGAGCAGCAGCGCCCCCAUGGCUCACAGCGUGAAGAUAGAGGUGAUUGAUGAUGAUGAUGAUGAUGGUGUUGAGAUGGUCGGAUCUGAUAUGGAAAACAUGCAGAACCUCCUGGAGUUUAAGCUUAAGGAGGUGCAGUAUCUGGAGAGCCAACUAGAGAAUCAGAAUCAGAGAUAUUAUGAGUUGGAGACCUUCACCAAGAGUCUUCUGACCGCUGUAAGGACCAACAACCUGUACAGACAACAG